UUGGUCGAGUUAUUCCGGUUUCACUUGGUGCCAGAAAAUAUAACAGAACGGAAAGGAAAGGAAAAGACAGGAAAAUUUAAAGGAAGAGAAGAAAUCCAGAAACAUGAUACUUGCUGUAUUGUUUGCUAAUGUUGAAGGCAACAUCCUAAUUGAACGGUUUAGUGGAGUGCCAGCUGAGGAACGGCUGCACUGGAGAUCUUUCUUAGUUAAGCUGGGUGCUGAUAAUCUUAAAGGUGUAAAAAAUGAAGAGCUUCUCGUUGCUUCCCACAAGUCAGUUUAUAUUGUGUACACAGUGCUUGGGGAUGUCAGCAUUUUUGUUGUAGGCAAGGAUGAGUAUGAUGAACUUGCCUUGGCAGAAGUCAUCUUUGCUAUCACUUCAGCAGUGAAGGAUGUAUGUGGGAAGCCUCCAACUGAGCGUCUUUUCCUUGACAAGUAUGGAAAGAUAUGUCUAUGCCUCGAUGAAAUUGUUUGGAAGGGAUUGCUGGAGAAUACGGAUAAAGAUAGGAUUAGAAGACUGAUGAGGCUAAAACCUCCAACAGAGUUCUGAGUCCAAAGACUGUUUGCGGUAACCAGCCAAAUGGAGAAGAUGGGAUAGUUUUUUUGCAUCACAUGGAUGACUCUGGAUUUUUAUUGCCUCCAAAUAAUCACCUUUUGUAUUUUCUUUUGCACUCGGGCAGAAGCUGUUGCAUCCUGCUUUUAUAUCCUUGCUGAUGACAAGUUUGAAUAUCAAUAUAUUUACAUUGAUGGAAUGCUAUGAAACUGUUAAGAAAUAUUGAAAUUAGACUUUACUGUUCUAGUAUGGUGACAUCUGAAAAUUUCUGUAGAUUGAUUGGAUGUAUAGAAUCCCAAGUUCUCUGAUGACUCGAUUCAGCCUUCAAUGGGACCUUUUGUUUCUUGUUUGCCU